AUGGCCAACAACCUGAGAACGCAACAGCAGCAAUUGCAGCAGUGCGGUUUCCCGGGCAGGCCGGCGUACGGCCGCAUCAGUCUGAUCCGGGACUCGUACGAAAAGGGCCAGACCGUUUCUUACACGUGCGACUCGGGAUUCAACCUGCUCGGACAAAGCACGCGCCAGUGCCUCGACAAUGGAACCUGGUCCGGGGCGCUACCCGUCUGCGACACGAGCCUGACGGUGCAACGCAUCCCGGAGGCGUCCGGCUACCUGUACGCCUACCCGCCGGGGAACGCGCUGGACGGCUCCAAGAGCAGCUGCUUCUACACCACCUACCAACCGCCCCGCUGGUGGCGCAUAGACCUGGGCGCCGCCUACCACGUGCUCUCCGUGGCGCUCACGGUGCCGCACGUCAGUUCACGGCAGGACCUCGAGGUGCGGGUCGUGAGCUACGAGGGCAACAAGGCCAUAUUCAACAGAUGCGCCGCAUUCAGCGGAAAAUUCUCAACCCAGACUGUGGUGCUGAUGUGCGACGAAGGCAAAGGCAUCAUCGGCCAGUACGUCGACGUCGCCGACAAGCGCAAGGAUCCCGACCACUUCAGUCUCUGCGAGGUGGAGAUCUAUGUGCUCAGAGAAAAGUACCAGUGCGGAGAUCCAGACAAACCACCCAAGUCGUACACGGUACCACUGUCACCGCAACAGAUGGAGUACCGCUGCGUGUCUGGAUACAAACUGUCCGGUCCAAGCGUGCGUACAUGCCUGGAGUCUGGACAGUGGUCAGCGGCAGCCCCAAGGUGCCUUGAGGCCGCAUGCCCCUCCCUGGGUCCCCUCGACAAUGGGAAAGUGGCGGUGCGAGGCACCAGCAACGGCCGCACUGUGCAGGGCAGCCAGCUCAUCUACACCUGCGACCCUGGCUACACCCUGGAGGGCAACGACACCCGCACUUGCCUCGAAGACGCCCGCUGGGGAGGACAGCAGCCACACUGCCAGCCUGUCACCUGUGACGUGCCAUCGUUUGAAGUCGAAGGUGGGACGUACACGCUGCUCAACGUGUCCACAAAUUACGGGGACCUGGCCGAGCUCAACUGCCACCUGGGAUACGAACGGCAGGGUGGCCCCACGACCAUCGUCUGCCAAGAGGAUGGAACGUGGAGCGAGCCUCAGGCAUCGUGCAUCCUCAGACAAAUGAGACAAAAACUCCAAGAGGAGCUGCCAGGAUCGUCGAGUGACACAAGUUCAACACUCACUGGCAUGGUGGCCGCUAUCAUCGCCAUCGUGUUCCUUUUUCUGCUGUCCAUGUGUGUCCUCCUGAUACUGAAAAAGAAGAAGUACUUCUCGAGAGCCAAGAACCCGCCGGUAAAGGUACCUAGCACCAGCCUCCCCUCCAACAACGGAAGCGCCAACAUCUCCUACACGGACAGCAGCGGAACUAUCUACCAGAACGAGGACUUCUACAUGGAGAUACCGCUGAAGAACGCACAGCAAAACGGCUCUACAGCCGCGCACAACAACAACCACCUCACCAAUGGCGGCCACCGCGCAAGCCUGAAGGCCGAGGGAACUGGAGACCGCCGCAAGAGCCUGACGCCGAGUCGCAAGAGCUCGCUCUCGUCGAAGGAAAACAUUUACGAAGAGAUUGCCUUGGCCUCCAAGCAUCGCAGGCUCUCUUUCGGAGGCGUCACUUCCAUCACGACGGGCCCGACACCCAGCGCCGGCGUCACCGUCACCCACACGGAGCUGCCAUCCACGGCGGAUGACAUUCAGGAUGAACGGGAGUCAUCGCCAGCAUUGUAUGCCAAAGUUGACUUCGAUCAGAAGCGAAAGUCCCGACUCAUCAAAGAGCAAAAAGAGGAACCGUUGAACAAACCCGCCAUUCCAAAUGGCGUCAAGCUACGUGACCUUCCUCCAAUACCGCCUCCAGACGAGGACGACUACUACAACUCUUCGGUCGCCAUGUCCCUAGCCGGUGCCGUGGCUCCGUUGGUGUCGCUAGCGCCCCACGUCGUGGAAGGGGACAAAGUAUACGUCGACCAUCCGCUCGGGGCAGAGAUUGUCAGGGGGACAAUGCACACCGGGAUGGUUGACAACGAACUCUAUGCCACGUCAGGACACAGCUAGUGACCGCCGUCUCUUUCUCUGAACUGUGCACUGUGUGGACGACACGCAUUGUGCGUCAUCGUGAGGAACAAAAGACCUUUUUUAUCUCAGGGCAUGACUCCCAUGGAAGAGGCAGGCGCAAUGACGUUGGCCGGCAUGUAGUAGUAGUACUGACGACCACGUUCUUGCCUAGGGCACAGGACAGAAGACGGAAGGUACCAUAUUCGCGUCUUACUGCUUGGUUCGCAAAAACAACCCUCGUCGGCAUUGAUAGUUAUCCGGACCGUGUAAGUUACACACCAGCGAGGUGUUGUGAACCUAGCAACCUGCUUUACAGUUGCUCUUUCCAUCUGUGGAGCAUUCUAGACAAGAACGCAGAUGCCUGUACUACAAGGUCUUACCUACAAGUCAGAGCUAAGGCCACAUGCUCAAUUGCAAGCAACUUUUUGGCUGACCAAUCGCAGCUUAUGAAUGAGAGAACAACAGGAUAGAACUUUCUAAAACUGUCGACCCAUAUUUCCUUUUUUUCUGUGUUUUCCUUGUACAACACUUUGCAUUUGUCACUUUGUGUGCAUUGGAGCUGUUCUUGUGACACAAGGUCAGGUCAAGCGUAACGCAAUCCCUCUUGAGUCUGUUAAGUCGCGCAUUUGGAAUGCUAUUACACAACGUAAGGGAAUGCUUCCAUCUCGAACUUGAUCAAAGCAUUACGAACACUCCACUUCUGCCAGCUAGUCCAAGUGUUUUUCAAACGCAAUUGCCGUGACACGCGCAAUGGCAGGAUUCCAAAACGAAAUUGAUGGACUAAUAAAAGGAAAUAUUUCAUCGCUUUUAUAAGGAGAAUGGUAUUUAUCAACAAGGGAAGAAAAGUUUAUGCUUAUGAAUUUCCUGACAGUGUCAGUACAGCAGAGCUCUUCAUGAUACGGUCAUCUGAAACCAUGAAAAACAAAAAUCAAAGCAAGCUGUGAUGAUGUUUAACGGCAGCGACAGAACAGUGGAUAAUUCACAACAAGGUACAUGUGGCUGCAAUGUAGGUAAGCAAAAGUCCGCGAGCUUAAAAGUCUUGGUCUGUAGCACAAGGCAGACAUAACAGCUCCGAUGUGGCUUGUGGUAUUGUGUCCAGUGUUCCGUAUGAUGUAUGGCUUCUAUAUCAUUUAUGAACACGUAGAUAGAGUUGAAAAAAUAGCAUCUUCAAAGCUCGCAGAGCAGAAAGAACCGCAUUUAUGUAACCUUGGUUGGAACAACUGUGUCUAUGUAUUUAAUAAGCAAAACAAAAAUUUUAAAUGCUCUUUCAAGGAUAUACUGAGAAGACUUGGACAAAUCCAUUCAAACUUGUAUAUUACAAUUUCAGACAGCUCCAAAUCUUGUUCCGACUUUUCUGCAAGAUACUGGCAGUGCAUUUCCAGAUUUCCUUUUAUUUUCUUCCAUCUCAAAGCAUUUACCAUCCUGAUUAUUGCUCCGCAUUUACGUAUACUGAACUUGGCAAAGUUCGCUGUGAGCGCUGCACGUGAUGCGAUUUGUAUUGUUGUGACGAGCUAUUCAAAAAGUGAUAAUGGUGAACCUAGUCUUGAAAUGUGAAAUGUUCACCAAUGUUGGAUGAGUGUGUGCAUGUGGCCAGCUGCCACGUUAACCAAAUAUAAAUGUCUGUAGAUUGACAGACAGCAUUAUUGCACAUAAUGUUUAUUAUAUACCACGAACUGUACAUAACUGAGAGAAAAAAAAGAUUCUUCGCAAAGUCUGUAUUUAUUUGUACAGCUGCUGUUUAUAUGCCUGUGACUGUAGGGCAUGUUGUACCGUAUAAAGAGUCUGAAAUAAAUACGUUUGUCUUAAUAAGACAGC